GGAAGGCCCGAAGAGGAAGAAAAUCGCGAGUUACUCACUAAGCUCAGAAAAUGUAAACAGCAAAAAGGGGAAUCGGUAAAGCUGUACAGUGCUCAUUGGAAACAUCUGUUAAGUUUGCUGCCAGCGAAUCACUUGGAAGAAUGUCAACAAAUUCUAUUGUUCACGCAAGGAAUUCUUAACGAUGGAUUACGUACAUAUCUCAUUACGUAUUCGGAUGUGAAGGAAUUGGACACAAUGAAGGCAGUCAUUGAAAAGGCUAUCAAUUUAGAAACAAAGGCCCGACUC